AUGGACUCUGAUAAAGAUGCGAAAGAGGAGGGACGCGGGAGCGGCAGUGGCUCAGACGGCGACUCCGUGGCGCAGACCAAGCCAGCGGAUGAACGAAACGGGCCUACCAGCGUCGAAGAGAGAGGAGAAGCUUCCCCUCGUCAAGCUGCGACGGCCUCCAGGAGGGGCUCGGGUGACGCUGCAGAGGCGAGUCGAGACUCGGACGGCGAAGCGGCGCAGGAACGGCGCAGCGUGUGCGCGACAAGCGAAGAGGAUGCCUCCAGUGGACGCUGUGGCGACGCAGCUGGGGGGGCGGACUGGGGGCGGGGCGAUGCUCCAGCGGUGCGAGUCAGCCAAAAGAGGCGUCUGCCGUCGGCCUCUCUUGAUGAGGGCGCGGACGAGUCCGCUGGCACGACCAGCUCGUGCCGAGAGGAGAGUCUGGGAGACUCCGGCCCUCGAAAGAAAUCUGCGCACGCGCCGUUGUCUGACGCCUACCCGCAGCCGCUCGAGCCGCAUGCAUCCAAAGAGCCGGCGCCGCUGGGCGCGCCCGGCGGAGCGGCGAGUGCCUCGAGUCAGUUCUCCGGGGCAGGUCGAGCGUCGCGGGGACCGGAUAGAGAGUCUCUCAGUUCGUCGCCUGCAGACGGCGCGGGUGCUGACGCAUACCACGCGCUCGCGUUCGCCGCUGCGCAUGCGUCGUCGGCGUCGCAGAUGGAGCAGAAGCGGUCGCAGCAGCUGCGGGGCCUGGAGAAGGCGUUUGACGCGUUCAUGGCCAGCCACGACCUCGAAGAGGGGCGGCGACCGAUCGCUGGCGCGGGCGCGCACUCCUCACACUCGGGGCCUCACCAUCAGCUGGGAAGUGCGUACUCAGUUGAGCACGGGGGGGCGUCUUCUUCGUCUUCGGCGGACUAUUCGCGGGCGGAGCUGGAAGAGCUGUGCCGGCAGAGCGGGAUGGCGUCUCGCGACGUCAGCCGGCUGCUGGGGAGCGUGAGGAGCGUGUCUGGGAAGUCGCCGGAUGAGUUUAGGAAGGCGGCGGCGUCGUGGGCGCGCCAGCAGCUCCCUGCGUCUGCGCUGGGGCCCGGGAACCUCGCCUCGGACGAGGGUCGGCUGUACCUGCAGCGCGCCGCGGCUCUCGACCAGCAGAAGAGACUGCGAGACCGCUGGGCGGCUGGGGAGGCGGCGCCGGGGGGGCGGUGGCUGCCGGAAGUCUCUCGCUGUUUGAGAGCGAGCAGCGGAAGCGCGACCGUCUCGCGGAGGGCGACGACUUAG